CUAAAUAAAACGUUUUACCAGUUUUGUUUUGAGCAGUUUGAUUCUUUACCUGUUUCCUCUGCCACAUGUCAGAGUGUUCCUGAACACCGCAUGGCUGUUAUUGUGAGAUCCUGGAGAGAAAUGACGCAGUUUUCCUGAACCGCUUCACUUCCUCAGGCGGGUGCUGUUGGAGAAACCGCCGCCCCUUACUUUCAUUUCAACAUGGCAUUUUCUCUGAAAUAACAUAGAGUCACUGCACAGUGAAAUGAGACUGGACUGCAGUAAGUUCGGCUGUUUUCGGAGAGGGUUACUGACUGUAAACAAUGGGUCAGGUAAAGGAAGACAGAGUGUCGUGCCUUGACCUCCUCACGUGCCACAGAGAGCUGCUGGUGUCCACGCUAAGGAGCAUUCAGUGCCUCCUGGAUAACCUGCUGGCCAACCACUUUUUCUGCGAGGAAGACGUGGAGAUUGUUCAACGAACCAUCACCAAACCAAACCAGGUGCGCAAAAUCCUGGAGCUGGUUCAGUGCAAAGGAGAGGAUGCCUGUCAAUACUUUGUUUUUAUCAUAUAUAAAAUACGUGACGCAUAUAUAGACCUGCAGCCAUGGCUAAAAGAGAUCAACUACAAGCCAAUCAGAGACAUGGAAGAGAUGGAAGUGGUGAACACCGACCCUAUCAGCAGGUAUUGUGAGAAGCAGCGAUAUGAGAUGAGCCGAGACACCAGCUUCAUCAUGUCUUAUGGGCAGCAAGAUGAGACCCGAUUGGAGGACCUCUACACAGACACUGUGAUGGAGCUGUUCAACGACUCUAAUGAAAGUCUUGGCUUCAUAGAGAGUCUGAAUCAGCUUGUUGGAGAAGAUGGAGUCUUUAAUCCCCAAGGUGAAAUCAUCUAUGUGAUGGGGGAUGCUGGUGUUGGGAAGUCCAUCCUUCUGCAAAAGCUCCAGAACCUCUGGUCCAAAAGGGAGCUGCAGACAGACGCCAUCUUCUUUUUCAAGUUUCGCUGUAGGAUGUUCAGCAUCUUCAAGGAAACAGAGCAGAUGUCCCUUAAAGACCUUUUAUUCAAAUACAAUUGUUACCCAGAUCAUGAUCCAGAUAAUGAAGUGUUUGAUUACAUCCUGCGCUUCCCUGAUAAGGUUGUGUUUACUUUUGAUGGCUAUGAUGAAAUUCAGGAGGACAUAGACCUGAUGAAUGUUCCUGAAGUUGUGUCUCCAGAAGACAAGGCAAACUCUUUGCAGUUGCUCCUCAGCUUGCUCUGUGGAAAACUACUUAAGGGCUCCAAAAAAAUACUGACGACCCGAACUGGGAUUGAAUUCAAAGUCAUUAAGAAGAAAGUAGUUUUGCGUGGAUUUUCUCCAGACCAUCUAAAGACGUACAUCAAACUGCAGUUCAAGGAGCAGGAGCACCGGGACCUGGUGUCGGUUCAGCUGGACGCCAGCCCUCACCUCUGUGGCCUGUGUUCCACCCCACUCUUCAGCUGGAUUGUAUUCAAAAGUUUUCGGCACCUGCAUACAAUGCAUGAUACCUUUCAUCUGCCUGAAACCAGCAUCACGCUAACAGACAUAUUCCUUCUGCUGUCUGAGGUGUUCCUCAGUCGCUUGGUCACUCCCACUUCUCCCCUGCUGAAGAAAGGCACCCGCUGCACCUCAGAGACAUUCAGAGUGGGCCUCAGGCCGCUGGCUGGGUUUGCUAAACUGGCUUUGCAGGGUUUGGAGAGAGGAAGUUUUCUGUGUAGCCAAGAUGAGAUCAGUGAGUGUGGUCUCACAGAGGAGGACAUGGCCCUAGGUUUCCUCAGACCCAUUAGUGAGUUUGACGCCAGUGAUGCCCCCGCUACCUUCGAGUUCAUCCACAUCACCCUCCAGUCGUUCUUGGCUGCAUUUGCUCUUGUGUUGGAUGAGCAGACUUCUGGCAACUCCAUCCUCAAGUUCUUCACAGAAUGCAGCAGGAGGAGAGAACCCUGCUGUCUCCCUUUAGCUUUCUGUACCAGGAGCUUUGUGAAGCCUUGCGAAAAGAGGCCUUUCUCAACAAACGAGCACCUGCAGUUCACAAAUCUGUUCCUGAGUGGACUGCUGUCAAAGACUCAAGCAAGUCUGAUGGGACUACUGGUAUCUCCUGUUUUACUGAAGAAAAAACGAGCCUUGUUGAAGGCUUACUUGUCCAGCAGCGUCAAGGUCCAUCUGGAGGGCUUACCCCAUCAUACUGCUGAUGGACAGAAGAUAGUUCACGUUUUGCCCCAUUUUCUUUGGAUACUACGAUGCAUCUUUGAGACAGGGAGCAAAGAUAUUGCUGAGAUGACAGCAAAAGGUAUCACCGCAAGUUUUAUCAAGCUGGGCUACUGUAACGUGUACUCAGGUGACUGCACGGCCAUAAACUUUGUGCUGCAGCACCGUCAGAAGCUCCUGGGGCUUGACAUGGACAACAACAAUGUCAGUGACUAUGGGGUGAAGCAGCUUCAGCCUUCGUUUUGCAAGAUGACAAUUGUGAGAUUGAGUGUCAAUAACCUAACUGACAGUAGCAUUGAGGUUCUGGCAGAAGAGCUGUGCAAACACAAGGUUGUGAAGAUUUUGGGGCUUUACAACAACAACAUCACUGAUGCUGGAGCCAAGCUAGUUGCUCAGAUCAUUGAAGAAUGCCCUCAACUAUCAGUUGUGAAGAUAGGUAAAAACAAGAUCACACCUGUGGGUGGGAGGUAUCUGGCCAUGGCGGUUAAGAAGAGCACUUCCAUAUUCGACUUGGGGAUGUGGGGCAACAGCAUCGGUGAUGAGGGAGCUGAAGCUUUUGCAGAAGCCUUGAAGAAUCACCCACGUCUCACCAACCUCAGCCUUUCAGCCAAUGGCAUCACAUCCAAAGGAGGGAAGUGUCUGGCAGAAGCACUCAAGGAAAACACAGUCCUGAGGAUAUUCUGGUUGGUGCAGAAUGAGAUGAUGGACGAUUCGGCUCCGCACUGGGCCGAGUUAAUUCAGGCCGACACUGGACUGAGCCACCUCUGGUUGAUCAACAAUAGGUACACAGCUGCUGGGAUCCAACACUUUGCCGAAGCGCUAGCUUCCAACUCCAAGCUCAAGGAGAUCUGCGUGAAAGGAAACCAGCUGUCUGCGGAGGAACAGAAGCGGUUUGAGUCCGAGAAACGACUCCGGUUCCACUGACAGGACGGCUGUGCUCUCCAUGGAUCAGAAACACAAACACCUUUUCUGCUGCACUUCAACCAACUCAACAUCACUUCCUGUUGUCCACGAGUUGAGCAGGAUGGACUCUGUGUUCACAGAAACAAGCACUGGGAUUCAGUUGGGAUGUAGUUUCUGAUGUGAACCAAGACGCAUCAGAAAAGGGAUUGACUUCUAGUUGAACUUGUUGGCCAAAAUAUGUUGUAAUUUUUCUGAAAGAGUUGUGGUAUGUAAAAUUACUUUUAAAAAAACUAUGUAUCCUAGUUCUGUUUUUCAUGUAGCUCAUAAUUUUUUCAGCUGCGCUAUGCAGGUUAUAUGGAGAUGAGCCUUUAAACUAAACACACAAAGUCAAGACUAGGGCAUUUAUACUUGUACUAUAACAAAGUACACCGGUACUUUGUUAUAGUACAAGUAUAGAAUUUUAUUUUUUCAGAGUAAAUGCUACACUAUGAAAAAUCCCAAUACAGCUCAAAUCAUGGCUGAACUGCAAAUCCAUCUUGGACCUCGGAAAGGAUUACCUACACCUUCCUGUUUAAAUGAAAACCGCUUUUUGUUGAACCAAAGUACCUUCCUUUCUAACUGAAACCAUCAGAAAAUAUUUAACUGGUCUGUAUGAGAGUUCUUCAUUAAUCUCUGUUUAAAGCAUUCAGUUUCAUUUGUGUCUGUUUUAGCAUUAAUGUCCCCAAAGCAAAGUGUUUGUAUUAGCUAGUGAUUUCCUUUGUCACAUGUUGCAGCAGUGACUCACUUCAUCUGCUGGGAAUACUCCAGGAUUACAGUUUUUUUUUUUGGUCUUAAUUUGUCAUGUUUCAUGUGAAAGAAAUUGCUUGAGUUUCAUUCCAUGUCUGACUUUUACAUGAAAUAGGAACCGAUCACAGAGAAAAACAAAAAACAAAACAAGAAACAUGCCAACUUCCCUAUAGAAUAUACAUUUUGGUUUUGUUUGAAUUCAGUUACUUCUGGUAGGAAGUAAUUUCCAAUGCUGAUAGUUUUACAUAAAAAUGCUAGUUGGUUCAUGCUUGUGUACAUCCUUUGCCUGGCUAAAUCAUAUUUGGUUCAGUUUAAAGCUUUCUGUCUUCUUUGGCCUGGAACAUCUUCAACCUCAUCUACCUCAAAGGUUCUCACAGUCCAGGUCGCCCCACAGACCCCACAGGUUCUGUUUACAUCCAUCCUCAUGUUGAAGCAAAUGGGAGUAAUGGGAGAACCAGAGCAGCAGAGUAGAUUCCCUAAUGCAUAUAAAAAUGAUUUUAAUAAUGUAAGCAAUUUUACAAAUGAAGACUUACCAACUGAUUGUUUACUGAUUCCUUGUCAGGUUGGUUGCUUGAUUACUCCAGGUGUGAUGUCAUGCCAAACAUCACACAUUUUGUUUUCACUCUGUACCAUUCACGUAUUUAUUUGUCGUUUAGUACACAAUAAAAAAAUAUUGAAAUUAA